CGUCUUUGGGUCCGGGUUCGGUUCUGGAUCCAGUGUUAAAGUCACCUCAGAUGAUCUUAUGCAACUGGGCCGGUCUGCAGUCGUGCAUGUGAAGUGCGUGUGUUAGCAGGACCAAAAGAGUUGCAGCAGCAGUGCUGCAGUGAGAUCCAGAACCGAACACACCCUGCAGCAUCCUGCAGAGCAGCGGUAGGUUGCAGGCGGCGGGUCCAGAUCCGGACGGGACACUCGACGCAGAACCAGAACGACAAUCACAGCUCAGGUUUAGAAUGGCUGAUAAUGACAAAGACUCAAUGCCGGCUGCAGGGAGCCUCUCUGUGGGACAGUUACAGUCCCACCUGAAGAUGGAGCCCAAAACUCUGGGGGCGAUCCAGAUAGUGAUUGGGGCGCUAAUCCUGUGUCUGAGUGCCUCCGUGCUUCAGCUCCAUGAGGUCCACUUCACAGGGGACGUGGCCCUCUUUCUGAUUGUUGUCAUACAGGUAACCUUGUCUGGCUCGGUUCUGGUCCACAGCGGCAGGAGACCUACUCUGUUCUGGGUGAAAUGUGUUCUGGUGCUGCAUCUGAUCAGCGCUGCGCUUGCUACAGCCGCUCUGGGUCUGAUGUCCAAACACCUGCCGUACCGUCAGGACUCGUACCAUUGUGAGCACUGCCGCAGGCUGGAGCUGCAUGCUGUGCAACAUUGUUUCAGAAAAUGCACCGGGCUGAUCGAGCAAAAGUGUAAACUCCUGAUCGAUGGAAUCCUGGGAACUCUGGUGAUCUUCCUGGUUCUGGAGCUGCUGAUCUGCAUCACAGCCAUGUUGUUUGGACUCAGUGUUCUGGCUGCAGGUGGAACUCAGACUUCUAGCCACAGGCCAGCCUAUCCUCAGACCCGGCCCCCAGCUGCUCCUGCGGUCCAGACUGUUCCAACUCCUCAGGCUGCUGCUGAACUCUCUCAGGUGGCUGUAGUUGUGACUGAACCAGAUUCAGAACAAAUCGAGGACAUCUCCACUCCUCCGACUGAACCCCAGGUGGAGCCAAUAGAAGCUUUUUCUACAGAACCAUGACCCAAACGCUCGACGCUCCCUAAACCAUCACAGCGUUCUGAGAAGGAGGAGAAACCCAGCCUACGGUUCUGCAGCAGGUGGCAGAUCUGCAGAAGAAGAAUAAGUUUGAAACCCUAGAGUUCUGUCAGACAGAACAGAUCCUCACAAACCCACUAGAAUGUUUUAGUUCCACUACUGAUGAUAUUCACUUGAAAACAGUCAUAUCAGUUAUCAUGUUUUCAGAGUCAUGAGUGAAAAUGGAGCAGAGUGAAGAUAAUCUGAUCUAAUCAAAGGUCAAAAUUACUGCAAACAAUGAGUUCAGAAAAUAACAGAAUUCCACCUUCAUAUUAAAUCAUAAUGAAAUAGUUUUUAAUGGUAUCACAUCUGAUUUAAUCUCAAUGAGCUUUUAAAAUAUCCAUAUUUACAGCUUUGUACAUAACAAAUGAUGUUUUUUAAUUAAUCCAGUGCUGAAGUUCGUGUGUGUGACUGCUGGUGUGUUCUCUAAAGCAGUUUACUCAAAGGAUUACAUUAAAUGUUUUCAUUAACUCCAGUUUCACUCAAUAGAAUCAGCUGCAUUUAUUAACUAAACUAUUUAUUCAGAUGUUUCUGUUUAGGACAGGCUGUGCUUUAAUUCACAGUAAUGUUGGAAUUGAACCAGCAACCUUCAGAUGUGAUGUAAGAUCUGGUCGUUCUUAACUGGUUUUAACAAACAAAACUGUCAUGUCUAAAGUCGCAACAGGAGAACAAAGAAAAGCUUCAUAUUCCACCUCCAUUGUGCUCUGUGUCACAUUGGACCAUGAACAUCUGGACUCAGAACCUCUGGCUCCAAGAGGAAAUAUUAGAAAUGUUUCUAUUCCUGUUUCACCAGAUUUAAUCUCACUAUGACUGAAAUGUGUUUUGGCUGCUUUAUGCUCAGAUUGUUAAUGUUAUCAGAAACCACAGGAUAGCAUAAAUGUCUGUAAAAACAAACAAACAUGUAAUCUCACUGGAAAUAAAGGUAAUUAACACAA